UUCAACAGGUAAAACCCUAGUUCUGCAAAUUUUAUCAAAAUCAAAAUCCAAAAAAUCCCAAAUCUCUCUAAUUCUCUCUCUCUCUCUAUCCGAUCUGUACGGAACGAAUCCCGGUGGAAAAUUCAGGUGCAACGCGGCCCACUGGUUCGGGGUUUCGUCGCGGAGGGGAACACAUUCAGUGAGAUUCAAAUUCGAUCUGAAUUUCUGUUCUUUACGUCAAAAACGAUGAAGAACAUUGAGCGUUUUGCCAAUAUCGCCUUAGCAGGUUUAACGUUAGCACCACUUGUUGUGAAGGUAGAUCCAAACUUAAAUGUAGUUUUGACUGCAUGUCUCACAGUUUUUGUGGGAUGCUACCGGUCUGUGAAGCCAACUCCCCCCACAGAGACGAUGUCUAAUGAACAUGCCAUGCGUUUCCCGUUUGUUGGGAGUGCGAUGCUGUUGUCACUGUUUUUACUCUUCAAGUUCUUAUCCAAAGACUUGGUUAAUGCUGUUUUGACGUGCUAUUUCUUUGUUCUUGGAAUUAUCGCUCUCUCGGCGACGUUGUUACCUGCUAUUGCACGAUAUUUGCCAGAUCGUUGGAAUAAUGACCUUAUCAUCUGGCAUCUUCCAUAUUUCCGUUCUGUUGAGAUUGAGUUCACAAGGUCUCAGAUAUUUGCUGCAAUCCCUGGGUUCUUUUUCUGUGCUUGGUACGCUUCGAAGAAGCAUUGGCUGGCUAACAACAUAUUGGGGCUUGCCUUUUGUAUUCAGGGAAUAGAAAUGCUAUCUCUUGGAUCUUUCAAGACAGGAGCCAUUCUUUUGGCUGGUCUUUUCGUAUAUGAUAUAUUCUGGGUUUUCUUCACUCCAGUUAUGGUCAGUGUUGCAAAAUCUUUCGAUGCUCCUAUUAAGCUGUUGUUUCCUACAGCAGAUAUUGCACGUCCAUUUUCCAUGCUUGGACUUGGUGAUAUUGUUAUCCCCGGUAUUUUUGUGGCGCUGGCAUUGAGAUUUGAUGUAUCUAGAGGGAAAGAAGGCCAGUAUUUCAAGAGUGCGUUUUUGGGAUACACAAUGGGGUUGGUCCUUACAAUAGUUGUAAUGAACUGGUUUCAGGCUGCACAGCCUGCACUGUUGUAUAUUGUACCAGCUGUUAUUGGAUUUUUGGCUACCCAUUGCCUCUGGAAUGGUGAUGUCAAACCGUUAUUGGCGUUCGAUGAGUCGAAGACCAGUACAAAAUCUGAAGCAGAUAAUGAUGACAAACCUAACAAGAAGACGGAGUAAGUUGAAAUACAGAGAAACCACCGACACACCAAACCCUUCCUACUAAAAGAAACUGUUUCUCUCAAGGCUACCGAGUGCCUUAAAGCUUAUCUUGGUAAUUUAUGAACCCGCACACAUUUGUAACAGAUUUUGAAAUGAGGAAGAAAUAAUAUAAUUUUCAGUUUCGUACAAUUUAUAACA